AUGGAAUUAUCAGAAGUUCGGUGCUCGAGCGCGAGCGAGGAGUUGUACACCAUCAACAAGACGCCGACCGGUGGGGGCGUCAGCAGCGCGCGCCCCAAGCGCCUGCUGUGGCAGAACGCUGUGCGGCACAUUACCGAACAGCGCUUCAUCCACGAGCAAGGAGGCGCCGCGCAGGACGGCGGCGCGCCGCGCGAGGAGGACGACGCGCGCUACGACGAGCAGGGCGCGCGGAAGCAGUCGGCCGGCCGGACGUCCGUCGGUGAGCGGCACAACAACGGCGGGAACGCCAAGGUGUUCCCGGAGCGCGCGAGCAGCGACCUGGGCUUCCUGCAGAUCGACUGCGCGCCCAGCAAUUCGGACUUCUUCCUGAACUGGGGCUACACGUACCGCGGCGUCAUCUUCCCCACGCUGCGCAACUCCUUCAAGUCGCGGGACCUGGAGCGCCUCUACCAGCGAUACUUCCUGGGCCAGCGGCGGAAGUCGGUGGUGGUGAUGAACAUCCUGGACGUGGUGACCAAGCUCACGCUGCUAGUGCUGCACCUGACGCUAGCCUCGGUGCCCAUGGACCCCGUCAAAGGCGCGCUGCUGGGCUUCUUCACGGGCGUGGAGGUGGUGAUCUGCGCGCUGGUGGUGGUGCGCAAGGACACCACCUCGCACAGCUACCUGCAAUACAGCGGGGCCGUCACCUGGGCAACCAUGGCCACGCAGAUCCUGGCGGCGGGGCUGGGCUACGGGCUGCUGGGCGACGGCGUGGGCUACGUGCUGUUCACGCUGUUCGCCACCUACAGCAUGCUGCCGCUGCCGCUCACCUGGGCCAUCAUGGCCGGCCUGACCACCUCCGCCCUGCAGGUCGCCCUUCAGCUGCUCGUCCCGCGGAGCACGCCCCUUUCCACCAACCAGCUCCUCCUCUCCCUGCUCCUCCUCCUCCUCCUCCUCCUCCUCCAGCUCUGGUGUGACUUCGACAAGUCCAGCACCUUUAGAAACCAGACUUACAACGAGUCAAUAUUCAUCCCGGACAUCUGCUUCUACCCCGAGUACUUUGUGUUCACGGGCGUGCUGGCGAUGGUGACGUGCGCGGUGUUCCUGCGGCUGAACUCGGUGCUGAAGCUGGCCGUGCUCCUGGUGAUGAUCGCCGUCUACUCCCUCCUGACCGAGGCCUUCUACAGCUCCCUGUUCCUGCGCUACGACGCGGUGCACCGCAACACAGAAAACUUCCUGGGGACCAAAGAGACGUCUCUUCUGCUGAUGGCCAUGUUCCUGCUGGCGGUUUUCUACCACGGGCAGCAGCUGGAGUACACGGCGCGGCUGGACUUCCUGUGGCGGGUGCAGGCCAAGGAGGAGAUCAACGAGAUGAAGGAACUGCGCGAGCACAACGAGAACAUGCUGCGCAACAUCCUGCCCAGCCACGUCGCACGCCACUUCCUGGAGAAGGACCGCGACAACGAGGAGUUGUACUCGCAGUCAUACGACUCGGUGGGCGUAAUGUUCGCCUCCAUCCCGGGCUUCGCCGACUUCUACUCCCAGACGGAGAUGAACAACCAGGGUGUCGAGUGCCUCCGCCUGCUCAACGAGAUCAUCGCCGACUUCGACGAGCUGCUGGGAGACGAGCGCUUCCAGGAUGUCGAGAAGAUCAAGACCAUCGGCAGCACCUACAUGGCCGUCUCCGGGCUGUCCCCCGAGAAGCAGCAAUGUGAAGAUAAGUGGGGUCAUUUGUGUGCGUUGGCUGACUUUGCAACCGCCCUGAACGAGAGCAUCCAGGAGAUCAAUAAACACUCCUUCAACAACUUUGAGCUGAGAAUCGGUAUCGCCCACGGCUCGGUGGUCGCCGGGGUGAUCGGCGCCAAGAAGCCGCAGUAUGACAUCUGGGGCAAGACGGUGAACCUGUCGAGCCGCAUGGAUAGCACGGGCGUCAGCGGCAAGAUCCAGGUUCCCGACGACACCUUCCUCAUCCUCAAGGAGCGCGGCUUCGCCUUCGAGUACCGCGGCGAGGUCUACGUCAAGGGCAUCAGCGAGCAGGAGGGCAAGAUCCGCACGCACUUCCUGUCGGGCCGCGUGCAGCCCAACCCGCUGGUGCUGCAGCCCCGCAAGGUGACGGGCCAGUACUCGCUGGCGGCCGUGGUGCUGGGCCUGGUGCAGUCGCUCAACCGGCAGAAGCAGAAGCAGAUCCUCAACGACAACAACAACUCUGGCAUGAUGAAGGGCCACCACCACUACAACCGCCGCACACUACUGGCGCCAGGAGGAGGAGGUGGGGGCAGCGGGCACCACGCGGAGCCCGGAGACAAGACAGAGCUUUCCUGA